CGAAGAAAUCAAACCAUUCAGUUAGCUGAGGGCUCAGCUUCUCUGGACUACAGUUUCUGUUUCAACUGAUCGAAACUGAAAUUUCAUAUUUUGGAUGUCGUGAAUAUACCAUUUUGACUGAAAUCGUCUGUGGUGUAAUUUCAGGUAAAGCCUAGGUUUGGUGCGGUCUACAUACGGACUCCUUGCAGGACAAAAACAAAAUAUGGAUGGGCGAAGGAAUGUCGAAAAGAAAUCGAAAUCAGAAAAAGAAGAUCCACUGACGGAUGAAGAAAAACGGGAAUUAGUAGAAGUUCGACGACAAGAAGAAAAAACCCACAAGGAAAAGCUCGACAAGCUUCAAAGCAAGAUCGAAGAUGCCCAGGUCUCCCGGAAUUCUGCAAAACAGAGAGAAGAAGAUGCGACCAGGCAACGCGAGGUUUACCACAGACAGAAGGAGAAAAUUAAGGUGGAGAAGGCUGAAUUUCACGAGGCUGAGAAGGCUGCAAGGAAUGAGGUUGAGAAACUCAGGGCCACCUUUGACGACACACAGAAGGUGGCCAAUGGAGAGGAAGCCCGAAGGGAGAACCUGAUCGCAGAUGCAGAGCGUGAGAAAACAGAAGCGCAAAGAGAGGUGGAUCUGUCGAAUGAGGAGAUAAAGGCAAAUGAAGAAUUGAGAGCAGUGGCGAUGAACGAUCUUGCGGCUGUACAGAGUAGAAGGAAGGAUGCGCAGGAGAGAGUUAAUGAGCUGGCGCCAAAGGUUGCGGAGUUGGAGAAGAAGAAGACGAAGACAGCUGAGAACGAACGAGUUGCACAGAACAGGUUUGAUGAAGCGGAGAAAAAAGCGUCGGAGUUAGCAACAGAGCUCGGAGAGGCAAAUUUAUCAAAGACCAACGCUGAUGAGGAUGUUGAGAGUAUUUCCUCUAAGCUGAGGUCAUACAAGACGGACUUGAAUAACCUAAAACCUAUUGCAAAAACUCCUGAGAGAGAGAAAAAUCGGAUUAAGCUCGAGGAGCUGAAAAAAAAUUCCCAAGUAGAGCUGAAGAAGAAGGAGAAGGAGAAGGAGAGGUAUGGCAAGGAAGUUGAAGCGAAGGUAAAGGAUCACGCAAAAGCCACGAAAUGUCUUGAAGCGGAGAAAGCCAAGUUAGAGGAAGUGAAAACAGAAAGUGAUGACGCUGCUAGCCAGUUUAAAUCGAUGGAGAUGAAGUUAAAAGAUGCCGAGUUCCAGGAGAGAACGAAUAAAACUGAUGAGGAAAUCGAGACGAAGAAUAUGACUGAUUGUGAUGUGAAAAUAAACGCUGCCAGAGAUAAAUCGAAACGGGCCUUGGAGCGGAAGAUGGCCGCCCUGGAGACUUUAGAGAGAGUAAACUGUGAGAGGGCGCAGCAUGAUGUGGCAGAGAUAAACACGGAGCUUGGAACGGCAAAGGAGAAGGAGAGGGAGAUAAAAACACAGAUCAAAAUGGCCGAAAUACGGAUCUCUGAGGCAGAAGGGCAAAUUGAAGAACUUUCGCAACAGAUAUCACAAGCAACGAAAGAGUUUACAGAGGCUGAAAAGAUUGUGAAAGACACUGAAAAGGAACAUAAGAAAUUGCAUGCAGAAUGGGAUUCAGAAACCAAGCGCUGCAACAGGAUACACUUGGCGCUGUACAUGUUCCUCAACUCACACGUAGUGGAUGCUCGCCUGCGAACCUUGAAACAUGCUCUUAGUACCAUCAAAACGCUGGGCCCAGCAAUUGUGGAUCGAAUACAACAUGUUGAUGAACUUUGGGACGAAAUGGACAAAAGGACUCUUAUUGAAAUUGGCAACUACUGCAAAUUAAGAUUGCUCUUCGAAAUGAUGUCUGACGGUCAAAUGUUUGUAGCUGAAAUCCUCGAGGCAGAGGACAAAAUCCUUCGGCCUUACAAGGGCGGAUUUUGUGAAGAAAGAACAAGCGUAGAAGCGGACGGGACGGCAUCGUCAGUUGGCGAACUUGUUCGACAGGGGAGCAAGGGAAAACUCGAGGCCUCCAGGGACGACUGCAUGGAACUCCUUCAUGCACUCUACAAGCCUAUUGAAGACAAACUUGCACAGAACAAGUACGAUGGACCUCGAGGCUACCACGAGCACUCUUCAGAGAUGCAACUUCUGCAGCGGAAGUAUCUGCAGUCCGGGGAGCUUGGUGACCAAAAAUACGAAUCGCUCAAUGAUUUCCUUCUGGAAAAGAUCCACGAAAGUGACAAUAUCUUAGACAAACAACUCGAGCAUGGAAAGACAUUGGAAACGCUUAGAUCUGAUUUGUCAGAAUCAGAAAAAAAGAUUGAAGACCAGAAAACAGAAAUUGAGGAUUUAAAGCUUCAGAGUCAGAGGUCAAAACACGCACUUGAAGAAGAUCUGCAAGAUGCCAAGCUUCAAAAAAAGACAGCUGAUGUGAAACACUUAGAUGAUAUCGGUCGCAAGAAGGAGGAGAUACAGGCGUUGAAGAAGGAACUUGAAGAUAAGGAGCGGAAUCUGAGGCAGAAUGCAGAGCAGCGUGAGGGGGAGCAGCGACGUCAGAUUGUCGAGGAGAAGGAGAGGCGGGAAAGGGCAGAGUGUGUACAGAAGUGUCUGUUGAACCGCGUGGAGGAUUUCAACAAGGAGACGAAGAGGAAGGAUAAGAAGCAUGCUGCAGAGAUGGAGGUGGAGAGGGCAAGAGUUAUUGACGCCAAGAGAGAGUGGGAGAAGAAGUUGGCAGAGUCAGAUGAGCAGUGGAAGAAGGAGUUGGAGAUUGCUGAGGAAGAAUGCCUUGGCAUGAUAGAGAAAGUCCGCAGUAGUAAGGACACUAUUAUUGCGGAUUUAAAUGAGCAGAUCAAGGACUUCCAGACGCAGAGUGAGCAGCGUAUGCAGAGUUUUAUCGAGAUGCAGGAGCUAUGCCGGGAGCAGGUCGAAAAUGAGAAGAAGAGGAGUCAGAAGGCGAGAGAAGACGAGAGAGCGCGAGAAGAGGAGAGAACCGGAACAGAGGCCAUGCAGAAGAAACGAUUUACUGAGAGACAUGCCACAGAAGUUGAGAACUUGAAAGAAAGAAUUGCAUCUCUGCAGGGGAGAGUGACGUCAUUGGAAGUUGAGAAAUCGAAACUCCAGACUGCGAACCAGAGCAUGGCGGACAGGUAUAAGACGGAAAUUGAACAGCUGAAGAGCAGGCACGAAAUACGGCUGAAAGGACUUAAGGACCAGCUUGAAAAAUCAGAAGCAGAUAUCAAGAACCUGAAAGCCAGUCAUAAACACGAAAUAGCUCGGUUGUUUGAGAAAUAUUCUGCUUCUUCUGCGGAGCAUGCACAAAGACAUGAGAACGAGUCGGCGUAUUUGAAGAAGAUUAUUGCCGAUCUGAAGGAGGAGCGCCAGAAAGAUAUCACUGAGAAGGUACAGCAACUAGAGAGGGAGGCACACGCAAUGCAAGAAAAGAUGGAGAUGGACACGAAGCCAGGAAGAGAAGAAAGAGAACUGAGAAGCAAGGAGGAAAAGGCGAGUGCAAAUAGGAAGACCAGAGUUCAAGAGAUGAAUGAGAUGAAGACAGAUUUGGAGAGGGAGCUGAGGUCUAAGUUGGAGAAGAGAUAUGGUGACAGGGUCCGUGAACUUCAGGGCGAAGUUGCCAAGUUGGAGGCGCGUUUGAAGACCCAGGAGGCCAAGCACGUGGCUGAUAUUGCGAGGGUCGAGAAGAGGCAUGAAGAGGCGCGCAAGAGAGCUGAUGAACACCACAGGAGUACAGUGAAGAACCGGGAUGAGAAGGCGCUACGAGAUUUGGAGGACGGUGCCAUGAGACAUCAGUCAGUUGAGAAGCAGUUGGAAGACCGGCUUGACGAUUUGAAGCAGUAUAUAGAGAAGAUCACCAAGGAUUAUCAAGACAGGGAUGAAAAAUGCCAUAGCCAACACAAAGCGGAAAUGAAAAUUCUGGAGGAGAAGUACAGACGGGAAAUUCAAGAGCAGAAGGAAGCUGCCCGCAACCAUUUGCGUGAGACUACUGAGACCCUCCACUCUCGGCUCCAGGAUUUAGAGGGUCAGUUAAAGGACCUGGAGGCAAGGUUUGUGGUGAAGGAUGACGAGUGUAUGAAAGCGACCUUGAGACUGGAUCGAUACGUGAUCAGAUAUGGGGCUGAAAUGUCACUUUGAAUUAAACAACAUAUAAAAGAUGGGUCACAUGACCUUUCUGCAGAAUUCCUGCAGCCUGACUUCAUUAUCAUCAGGUGAUUAACAUUUUGAACCAUGAUAAACUACUAGUAAUUCAUAUUCUGUUGUUGGCUACAUAACCACAUUAUUGAACUGAAGAACCAAUCUGCUGUGUCGGUACAUCAUGAAAAAAACAGGCCAGCUAAAGGUCUCAGCCGUGUCAUUGAACAUUCUUUUUAAACCUAAAAUCACUUUAAUUGGCGAGAAGCAGUCUAAGUAAGGCAUUGAACGCAUUUUUGUCAAAUAUUUUAUUGAAUCAAUAUUCACUAUGAAACCGAGCCAGGAUAUGGACAGAAUCCUAUUUUAAAGAAGUUAUUGAUUCGUGAUGUAUUUCUUUUUACCGACAAUGCUUUGUAUGCCCACCUGCUACAUUUUGAAUCUUACGUUAAUUUGAAAAUAUAAACCAUGUUGCCACUGUAGAAGUUUGAAAUGUCCUGGGAUAUAUGUCGGGGGAACAAAAUAUUCUAUCAUGCGCUUAUCCUUCAGCUGUUGACAGUCAUGACCUCUAUAGAGCCAGAUAACUAGUACCAUAAGCUGUCAGAAUACAAUAGGGCCGGACACGUUUCCAGGGGACAUAUUCUACUUCUGCACUGACCGACGUUUUUGGU